CUUACUGCUGCCAUUUUCGUAGCUGGUAUGUUUAUGUAUAUGUGUUUUGAAAUCCACAUAAAUCUUGUUUGCAGCUAAGUGUUUAGCAUCGCCACAAUGGUGCGUAUGAAUGUAUUGGCCGAUGCCCUUCGAAGUAUCACCAAUGCAGAAAAGCGAGGGAAAAGGCAAGUGCUGAUCAGACCUUGCUCCAAAGUUAUCGUCAAGUUUUUAACUGUGAUGAUGAAACAUGGUUACAUCGGGGAGUUUGAAAUUAUUGAUGACCACAGAUCAGGAAAGAUUGUUGUGAAUCUAACUGGACGUCUGAACAAAUGCGGCGUAAUCAGUCCUAGGUUUGAUGUAGCCAUCAGAGACAUUGAGAAAUGGACAAGUAACCUGUUACCCUCUCGACAGUUCGGGUUUGUUGUGCUCACGACCUCUGCUGGCAUCAUGGAUCACGAAGAGGCUAGACGAAAACACGUGGGUGGCAAAAUUCUUGGAUUCUUCUUUUGAAGAUGAAAAUGUAUUAUUAAAGGCAAGAAAAAUGUUAAAAAUUUACAUAAAACGUGUAAUUCAUU